AACCCUCCAACGUUCAUAAAGCCUUCGCCACUGUAGACCGUUAACAGCUGUUCCAACGUUCAGCCUGUCAGCUGUUCAAACGUGCGUGCUUAUAUAUUUCUUUGCUGCGGCGGUUUUUCUGCGAGAAUGUUUGUAAUUCCGCAAAGAUAUUUGAAACUUCUGAAACUACAACUGAGAUAUGGCACUCCGAAGUGUAGGCGUUACAUUCAGAGUGGGCCAGGUGAUUGCCCUUCCGUGGAAGUAAAGUUUUCAAAUGGGCGCCACAUGACUAUAAGCUCGGGGAAAUUUGCGCGCUUUGCCAAUGGUACGUCCGUUUGUCAAUUGGGCGACACGGCUGUUAUGGUGACCGCCGUGGCCAAGCCAAAACAGGCACCCGGUGCCAGUUUCAUGCCACUCGUCGUAGAUUACCGCUUAAAAAGUGCAGCCUCUGGACGUAUACCAAUGAAUUUCAUGCGCCGCGAGCUGGGUCCGUCAGAAAAGGAAAUUCUAUCUGCACGUCUCAUAGAUCGCUCUGUGCGUCCACUCUUCCCCGCUGACUUUCGCACUGAAACUCAACUAGUUUGCAAUAUACUGUCCAUGGACGCCGUAUAUUCACCAGAUGUGUUAGCUAUAAAUUCAGCUUCAGUAGCGCUGAGCUUGAGUGACAUACCGUGGAAUGGACCAAUUGGCGCCGUACGAGUUGGCCUGUGUGACGGUGAAGUAGUAAUCAAUCCAACACGUCGUGAGCUGCAAAAUUCACAGCUGGACUUGGUGGUGUCUGCAACAAAACAAAAUCUAGUGGUCAUGCUCGAAGGCAAAGGCAAUGUGGUGCUAUUGCAGGACCUGCUCAAGGCCAUUAAACAGGGUACACGUGAGGCGCAGUUCAUUAUUAAUGAAAUUGAACGUUUGCAAAAGGCAUAUGGCAGAACUAAACGUACCAUUGAAUCGCCGCCAACGAUCGACCCAGAAAUAUCUGAGGCAGUAAAGAGUAUGAGUGAAAUGCGACUGCGUGAAAUCUUUCAAGAUGCGACGCAUGACAAAAUAUCACGUGAUAAUGCGGUAAAUGAAGUACGCACAAAUGUCAUCGACAAAGUUUGGUCGUCGUAUCCAGAUACGGAGCCCUCCUUAAUAGGUGAUGAAUUCAAUAAAAUAUGCAAACGAAUUUUCCGAAAGUUGAUAUUUGAGGAAAAUAAAAGGUGUGAUGGGCGCGACUACGAUAGUCUAAGGAAUAUUAGUUGUCAGGUGGACCUCUACAAGCCACUGCAUGGCUCAGCACUUUUUCAACGCGGACAGACGCAGGUAUUUUGCACGGUUUCUUUAGAUUCACUCGAAAGCGCCAUGAAACUAGAUGCCAUCACAUCGCUGGAAAGUGGUGUCAAGGCCAAAAAUUUCAUGUUGCACUACGAGUUCCCGCCUUAUGCCACUGGUGAAAUUGGUCGUAUUGGUCCGAUCGGACGACGCGAGCUUGGUCACGGCUCGUUGGCCGAACGCGCACUACUGCCUACUCUGCCACAUGAUUACCCUUUCACUGUGCGCCUUACAUCUGAGGUGCUCGAGUCGAAUGGAUCUAGCUCGAUGGCAUCUGUAUGCGGCGGUUCUAUGGCGCUCAUGGAUGCUGGGGUGCCGCUGACAGCGCCAGCUGCUGGUGUUGCUAUUGGUCUAGUUACAGAAUACGAAAAUAACGACACAAAACACCUUUCCGAUUAUCGGAUUUUGACUGAUAUUCUGGGCAUUGAAGACUACAUGGGCGACAUGGAUAUGAAAGUUGCAGGCACGCGCAAAGGAUUGACAGCUAUACAGGCUGAUCUAAAGGUACCAGGUAUUCCACUGAAAGUAGUUAUGGAAUCACUGCAAAAGGCGACGGACGCCAAGGGGCGUAUACUGGAUAUUAUGGGUGAAGUUAUUAGGGAGCAUAGGAAAUAUCCCAAAGAGUGUUGGCCUGUGACUGAUCGUAUAGCUAUAGAACCACAUCAGCGGGGACAACUAAUCGGUCCUGGUGGCAUGCACCUCAAACGUAUCUACCUCGAAACGGGCGCAACACUCACGCCUGAAGAUGAAGCGACAUACAACGUAUUUGCACCCUCUCAAGCGGCCAUGGAUGAGGCCAAGGAGCAAAUAGACGCCUUACUUGUAAAGGAACGCGUGCCUGACUUGGAAUUCGGCGGCAUCUACACAGCGAAAAUUACAGAAGUGCGCGAAACGGGCGUGAUGGUGAUAUUGUAUCCGAGCAUGUCACCAGCGCUGCUCCACAACUCCCAGCUAGACCAAAGAAAGAUUGCACAUCCUUCGGCUUUAGGCUUGGACGUUGGUCAGGAAAUACAAGUUAAGUAUUUCGGACGAGAUCCCGUGUCGGGUUUUAUGCGCUUGUCGCGGAAAGUGUUACAAGGGCCUGCCACAAGUGUGCCGCGCAGUCAUAAUAAGGCAGCGGAGGAGGCGUAGUGGAAGUCGUAGCUUUUGAAAUGUGCAAAUGUAAAUUUUUAAAUGCAAAAACAAUGCGUUAGAAUAGGUCUGUUCAGGAAGCAAAUUAUCAAAAAUUGGCAAGGCGAAUUGGGUACCAUAGGUAGCGCCUUGACAAAACAGUUACUUUAAUUUUCGCGAUUUUGACAAGUCUGACAUCAACUCCCUUUCGAACACAAAACAAAAAAGGAGUAGAAAUUACAUGUUUGUAAAAAUUCAAUGAAUGGCUUGGUAAUAAUGGGAUUUGUGAGAUUUAAAUUAAACAAACUAAUGAAAACCAAGUGCCGUGUGUUAAAUUGUGAAAGUACAAAUUAAUAUAAAGCCUCCACCACUGCAUUUGUUUCCAUUCUUA